ACGCCCAAUGAGACGAACGCGCCCGUUAGGAGCAGACCCACGCAAUGCACACGUGGAGGGAACAGAGGUGGAGGGAGGCAGGCAGGAGAGGACUCCCCGCAGAGGCAGAGACGACAGGGAGAGCGGCGGGGGCGGGCGGGGGGAGAGACGCGGAGAGACGCGCGGACGGAUUGGAGAGCGCGCAGGGCACUCCGGAGAAAGGGCGGGCGAGAUGGCGUCUGACAUGCGUCAGGAGCCGGUGCCCGUCCCAGCGACCUCGGAGCUGUCAAACUGCCAGGACCCCACCGCCCGCGCGCUCGCCACGAAGAUCCCCGAUCCCAGCCAGCCCGACGCGGUCAAAUCGCCCGCCCACCGCGAACACCUCCACGCCGUGGCCACCGCCAACUCUUCAACCUCCUCCUCCUCCUCGUCGUCCUCCUCCUCCUCCACCUCGUCCUCCUCGUCCUCCUCGUGCGUGACGGCUUCUCCGACGUCCCCGUCGUCCAACUCGUCGGGAUCGUGUGCGCAACGGGCGCCAGCGCAGGACCAGGCGAGGCAGCGAGGGGCAGCCGGGGAGAUGGCGACCCCGGCGAGGGAGGUGGUCGCGGAGGUCAGCGAGGUCAGCGAGGAGGUCAGUGAGGAGGUCGAGGAGGUCGUGGGGGCGGGAGCGGCGUGCCAAGGGCAGAGGAAAAGCGCCGCCGAGCAGCCGCCCCGCUGCCACUCCGCGGCCAAAAACGGCUGCCUCGACUCCCCCUCGUUCUCCUCCUCUUCGACGGAGCCGUCGCAUCCGAGGGUCGGGCAGGUCCGGGCGGCGGAGGUGGUCGCCGCGGAGGUUCGCGGCGACGCAGCCGGGGAGUCGAGCCGAGGCGCCGAGGUGAGCGCGGCGCGAGCCGCCGGCGUCCCCUCGGCGGCCCCGGCACCGCGCGGCCUCCCCCAGGACGGGCACGGCUGCCGGCCCAAGCGAGAGGCCUCGGGCCACGCGGAGGCGAGGGUGCUCGAGGCGGGAUCACGCAACGAGCACGGCGAGUUGCGGUCGAAUCGCCCUGAGCAGCAGGCACAGCAGCAACUGAUGCUUGAGCAGCAGCAGCAGCCAGAGCAUCAGCCACAGCAGCAGACACGGCAACAACAACAACGACAGCCGCAGCAGAAUCAGCAGCAGCAAAAACUCCAGCUUCAGCCGCAGCAGCAAAAUCAGCUUCAGCAGCAGCAUCAGCAAAAGCUUGAGGAGUGCGCAUCGAAGAGCAGGGAGGUCGGCACCAUGACGUCCCCGUGCCACACGCAGCAGCAGCAGCAGAAGCGCGACGCCGAGACGCAGGCGACGCAAGCGGCCCCCAGCCGCCGCUCCGUGGCCACGAGCCCCAGGACCCCCCCCUCGGGGACCUCCCCGGUUCACGUCUACCCGGAGGUGAACCUGGGGGGUGGCGGCGGCGGGAAGAAGGGCACCAAGGCGACGAGGGCGAGCAAGAAGUCGAGCGGCUCGGGCAACCGGGCCCGCAGCCCGACGGCGUCGGCGGCGGUGGGUGACGAGGAGGAGGGCGGCUCGGGCGACGAGGAGGAGGACAAGUCGCCGGUGCGCGAGGUGCGCUGGGACGACAAGGGCAUGACGUGGGAGGUGUACGGAGCCUCCAUGGACGUCGAGGUGCUGGGGCUCGCCAUACAGAAGCACCUGGAGCAGCAGAUCGAGCAGCACUCGCGAGAGCGCAGCACGCGCAGCGACAGCACCGUGGCCGCCACGCAGCAGCUGCCCCAGGAGCAGCAGCAGCUGGCACAACCGCCCGAGCAGCAGCAGCAGCAGGCGCCACCGCCUCCGCUGCAGAAGCAGCAGCAGCUGCGGCAGGCGUCGCAGGCGCAGCUGCAACCGCUGCCCCUGCAGUCGCAGCAGCAGCAGCAACAGCAGCAGCAGCAACAGCAGCAGCAGCAGCCACAGCCGCCCGGGGUGGAGGAAGCGAAAGGUCGAGCCAAGAGGUCGAGACACUCCGCGGUGCUGCGGACCGUGCUGCAGAACGUGCGCCAGCCGCGGUGCUGCACGCGCGCCAACUCCAUCGCGGACUGAGCGCACCCAACCCCAGCGCUGCACAUCCACCACGGCCACCUCUACCACGGCCACCUCUACCACGGCCACAUCCACCACGGCCACCUCCACCACGGCCACCACCGCCACCUCCAUUGCCACCACCACCACCACCACCUCCAUUGCCACCACUACCACCACCACCGCCACCAUCGCCACCUCCACCACCGCCACCACCACCACCGCCACCCCCGCCACCUCCACCACGGCCACCUCCACCACGGCCACCUCCACCACGGCCACCUCCACCACCACCACCUCCACCACGGCCACCACCACCACUUCCACAAUGGCCACCUCCACCACCGCCACCACGGCCACCUCCACCACCUCCACCACGGCCACCACGGCCACCUCCACCACCACCACUUCCACAAUGGCACCUCCACCACCGUCACCACGGCCACCUCCACCACCUCCACCACAGCCACUACCUCCACCACGGCCACCUCCAUCACCUCCACCAUGGCCACCACCACCUCCACCAUGGCCACUUCCACCAUGGCCACCUCCACCACCACCACCUCCACCACGGCCACCACCGCCAUUUCCACCACAGUCACCUCCACCAUCGCCACCUCCACCACGACCACCUCCACCACGGCCACCUCCACCACGGCCACCUCCACCACCGCCACCUCCACCACGGCCACCUCCACCACCGCCACCACGGCUACCUCCACCACCACCACGGCCACUGCCACCACCGCCACCACCGCCACCUCCAGCGCCGAGACGAGGCGCUGGUAGAACAUGGGGGCACGACAAAGCGUCGUGCCAGCCAAACAAACGCUCGCCCACAACCCUCUUGCCGCCGAGCCGUGCACUAAGUUCUACGCCUCUCUCGCUGACAACUCGCCGCUAUCGCUUCAGCCCACCCGGUCACGGGCGCCAAAUCCCCCGCCUCUCCGAAAGCCCCCACCAACGCGCCGAUCAGCCACAAGUUCUGGACCUCGCUUUGACCCCGACAGUGACCCUGACCCUGACCGACCAGCCAAACCGGGACACCUGGUGCCAGCCCUGCCGCUGUGAGUCCUGAAGAGACCUCCAGUGAUUUGCCUGGGCACCCAAUUCACGUCGUGUUGUCUGUCCGACUCGGGGUUCACAGCCCUGCUCGUUUACCGAAUGCUUUUGUCGGGAUGACGAAUCGCGUUGAGCUAUGGUGCGUCACUGGCCGAAACAUUCGCGUGUUUAAAUUGAAAUAAGCAAAUACGUUCUGCUUAGAAUUCAGUGCCAUGCGGUCGUCCAUUUGCUGUCGUGGGUUUCACUCAUCACUCACGCCAACCCUUGCUGUUGAUAAUUGAACCAUUGUCAGAUCUGACUUCCAUCAGCGCUCUCGCCUGAUCAUUCAGUGACAUCAGCAGCAUCUCCCCUCCGCUGGGUCCGAUACAAUACAAGACGGAACCCCCACGUCUCUCUAACGCAACCACCUCAACAUCACACGGCCCCUCCCUCGGAGCGAUGGCAACUUGUCAGGAUGAGACUCGAUGGAAGCCCUCAAACAUCUUGAGAAAAUCGCAGACGAUGGGACUCAUGAGAGGUUCCGUUUGGUGGGAGCCGACAGAUCUAGAGUGGCAGGCGUGGCUCGUUGAGUCCGCGUGGAUGUCGUGGAGGAGAGAGCACGCGCGACCCAUCAAUCGUGGAGGUUGAUCACACACUCCGCCAAGCGCAAUGUUUAGAAAACACAGACGCAGCAGCCCGUUGGCUGUGCCGCAGCUGUGGUGCACGCGCCACUCGAGCGUCGCGGCACCAAACGCAGCGAUCUGUGCCGCCGAAUGUUCUUCUGCGCGUGACGACGGAUUCGCCCAUCAGAGUCGAUUCCUGCGCUCACGAUGCACGCACCGAGUUGUGUGUGUGCGCGUGUGCCGAGGAGCGACGAAUUACAACGGAUGCAAAUGACGUAAAGGCCACCCGCUAUUGAUGGGCAGGAGGAGAGGCGAGCAGCGGUGGGUAGCCGAGCGCGCACGCCAACCAAGCGCCCCAGCCCGAGUCUUCAAACCGAUUGGUCAAGCAGCCACCCGCCGGCACGAGCGCCCCACGCCGAACUCGUCACCGACUCGCCGGACACAGCCCCAAGAGCCACGCCUGCUGCAGAGCUUUCGCCGCCCGGGUUGCCUUCUCAUGUUGGUGUUGUUGCUGUUGUUCACUUCUCAUUGUCGGUGUCCACAAUUCGGUGUGUGCGUAGCGCUGAUUUUAACAAGAAAAAUACACGCGUAUAGAUGCCACUGUUUCAAACAAACAAACAAAAGUCCGCCGGCAGCGAGAGUCUGGUGUGUGUCUGCGGGGACGUGCUCACUGCGGAGUCGAUGUUUGUUUGCGAGCUGACGUCUCCACCGUGUCCCACUCAUCCCAGCGACCGGUGGCUGCAGUCUUACAAACAGCCGCUGGGUUCUAUUAUUCUGUGUCUGCUGGCUCUCACACACACCACACGCACGCACACACACAACGCGACUCUAAUAAGGGUCAACUCUGUCCCUGUGCUCAAACGAGCACCGGCACUGUGGACAGCGGAGAGUAGUGCAGCAAAAUGCAGUGUUGUACUGUAAUUGUAUGCUCCCCCCCACCUUUGCCAACCCACACUGACCGCAGAGUAAUGAAGAAUGGUCAAGUAAUGCCCCCCCCCACACCGCUCCAGGAGAACCGCGCAGCGUUAGGUCAUCAUCCAGCAGUGGAUUGAUCAGCCCCAGCUGUACCCCGAGCCCUACCGCUGGCGAUUUCCCAGGCACCUGUGUCGCGUGUUUAUUUUUAUCUUCAGUUUUAGCGUUGAUAGUGCCACAACAAAUCUAUCAGACUGAGACGCGUUCGAAGAGACGCGGAACUCGGUCGAACGCAAGCGGACCCCGAAAGAUGACCCUGAUAUGAGGCCCACUAAAAAAGGGGGUAUUUACAGCACUUAUAUUUGAGUGCUCGCUUGACCGGUGAGACAUGAAGACGGAUUGGGGAGGCAUUGAUCUCGCAAUGGAUUGAUCAUGGCUGGCGAUGAUACGGCAAACAGAUGCCGAAUGUCACUUCGGGGAAAGCUGCAGUGAAGGCAAUUGUGAAAAAUAAUAAAAGUGGUGAAUGCGAAUAUUUGUCAAUAACAAGCCCCCUUCAAAUGCGCGCCUCCUCUCCGCUAUUGAAAUCGCCCUCCAAACAGCGAACACGAUGUGUGAUUGCAUAAUUAAAAACAAGCGUGAGAACGUGCGUUUUGUACAAAAACGAGCACACACGGUGACGUCAGAAAGUUCUUCACUCGUGCCAGGGGGUUUGACACAUGUUUUAUUUACGUCCAGCAUUCUGGCAUCUCCUGUAUAAACAAAUAUCGAUUCUCAUUAUUAAUACACGGGCAGCUUGUGCGGCUAAUUGGCGAUGCUUUACUCGUGAAUAAUAGCACAUGGCACAAGCCACAUGGACCAAUGUCCUACAGUGGACACACCUUGAGUCACCGACGGUCUUGGCGAGACCCAUUUUUUCUGUUAUUCAAGAGAAACGGGUGCUGAGCUACAGAGUAUGGCUCCGCACACACAGUUCGAAUAUCGCACAAGAAUUCUCAACGUCUUAAAGGGCCCCUCGCUCUCGCAGGAAAAUUGCUUUUGCAAUUCUUUCUUUUUCUUUGCGGCGAGCGCAGUGAAAGAGGUGCUGUACACCAACAAACCACGAAUUGCCCAUGUAGGAUGAACAUGGCUGCUAAGGCUUCGAUAAUCUGCCGAUGGAAACGGUCUGUCAGAGAGAGAGAGAUUGUGUUUCGUAGUAUUCAUUGAGGGAGCAAUAGGUACACACGGGGGACAACCCUCACAAACUUUUUGGUGACAGAUGUCUUUUUUUUUCUGCGGCAGCCACGUCGGCGAAUUAGACACGGUGGCACGUGUCACGUGCAAGCAUUGAGUUCGACAUCGCUAUAGUUCAGAGAUGGGACAUUCCAUGCUGCUCAACAAUGUGAUGGUACCUCGCUCAUGUUGUGCCCUUUAUUUACCCACUCACUGAGUUUCAAGACUUUCAAGAGGUGCCCGCAUUGGAACAUUGGGCCAAAUCUGCGAAUGUUUGGCUUCGUGUGGCAGGAAACAAAAACACGGAACUCGGAGCUCUGCACAGUUAUAUUCAAGAACCCAUUGCUGUCCUGCCAAUUCCUGGCCACCUCGCAUUGCAAGCCUACAACGCACGGUGGUCUAAUCCAAGUACUAUCCGUGCUCAAAACCUGUUUAGCUUCGCUGUUUUGAUAAAACGUGGGCGUGCAUUCAGGAGGACGUGGUCACACGAACUCGCGUUUAGCUUUGUGUCUCUUUAUGUCGCCCACUAUAACGCACCUUGUACAAGCACUGUGGAAAUGUAGCAACAGAAGGUACAAAAACUUGUUAAAGUGAAUCGGACGGACACUUGAACAAAUAUGAUGAGCGUUGGAUUUGAACUCCGGAUCCACAUCAAAAACACUACUGGCAUAAACUACCAAUUGCAUAUGAGUGGUUGGUCUUGUUUUGGACGAUUCAAAUAUUUAAGUCGAAUAGGUCUCCAACGUUGGCCGGUGAUCAUCUCCAUCGGGCGGUGCCGAGUCAGCGGCAGAAGGAAAUUCCACAUUCCUACGACCGGUGGCUGUCCCUGCAUAGAGACAACCGUUAAAACGUCCGAUAAAGUUGUACUCGCUUCACCGUCCCUGCAGGGAUUAAUGUGGCCGAGUAGAACCCCCUAAUGGUAUUUAAAACAGAACUAUUGAGAGUUUGGCGAGUUUUGUCCGGCCGGAUAGAGAGGGUUUCACUUCUUUAGUUUUAGCACCUUGUGUGUGAGUGUUUUUUUUUCUAUGGUGAAGAAUUAUUACAAACUUCAUCUGCGACACAUACGGGCAGAUUUGUUGAGAAGCAGUGUUCACGAUUAUUAUAAAAAUAUAUAUACUAUCCCACACGCAGUGGCCGCGUUGCGUGUGAUUGGUUGAAAUGACGAUCCCGUCUGAUGCGUAAACACUCACCGCGCGCGUGCUGUUUAUAAAACAACAAGUGUCUUGUGAGCACUUCUUUAGGCAUAUAGGUCGAUUUUUUUAAACAUAUAUUCACGGUAUGCAGUAAAAGGUAAAACGGUGUAGAGAGAUCGAGAGCCUUCGAGGCCCCUGUGAUACACACGCGUAAUUAUAUUCACAUUUUUUGUUUUUUUAUAUGCAGUGUCUGUCUAGGUUGAAGAGGCAGGGUAGUACGUUGAGUAUGGUGGAAAUAUAAAAAAUAUAUAACACACACGAAAAGUAAACGUAAUGUAUGAUAUGCAGUAUAGGAUACAGAGGGCUCUAUUCUGGAUUUUAAAACCAUGCUAAGUGGUACAAGUGGUCAUGGGGUUAGGUUGUUUCAUAGACAAAUACAUAUUAUUAUUAUUUGAGAGAAUACAACACAUGCGGGAGGGGAAAUUGGUUUAGAAAAGUAGAACACUUUGCUGUGAUGCUACGUCAAGUAGUAUUGGUGUUGGUUCAUGGCUCUGCAUCUUGCCCAUGCAUUCACUGUGAGCCUGGAAUAAUAGGAAGUUAAUUUCAUCUCCAGAGACAAUUGCACUCGAUGAUGAAAGGACACAACUCUGUAUUACGGAUACACGCUGUAGCCUAGAGAUAUAAUUGUAUAUUAAAUACACACAGGCACAGACACACAACUGCCAUGCAUCCAAACACACAAGCACGUGCACACUCAAUUGUUUAAAAAAACGAGGACUUACAGUAAGUGAUGUUUGCCAAAAACAGCAGCCGUAGAUAUUUUUUCCCGUUUGUUCUCUCGUGCCGUGAAGCAGAGGUUGUGUAUUCAUUAAAGGUGGAAAUCGCUUUACUGUCGAAUAAUAAACAAGGACAAUCUCACGUUUUCUUGACCUCAAUCAUCAUACUUUACAGUGUAUGUUGAACUUCUUCCGCACCGUACGUAGCCAACCGUGCUAAUCGGAGGUGCGGGGGAAGGACAACAAACUAAACACAAAAAGCAGUUCUUAAAAAAUGAGUUUUCAAUCGAGAUUUAAAAGCGCAUCAUAGCUCCAGUUGACGUCCUAAUAUGGGAAGGAAGAGCGUUCCAGACGGCCGCGCAAGCGCAUCUGAAAGCGCCGCGCGAUGCGGUGGCCGCCAUCUUUGUUCGAUGGCUGCGAGGAUGACCACUGGAGUUUGCGUGAUGAUGGUUUAUGUUCCUAAACGAGAUCAGCAAGGUAUUAUGGUUCAUUUGUGGCAAGCACUUUACGUGUGGUAAUGAGUGCGACCUCAUAAUGUAUUCGUUCAGCAAUCGGAAGCCCAAUGCAACUCGGCGAGCACUCGACGGACAUGGUCGGAUCUUUCAGUGACCGUCACGACGCGUGCUAACGAAUGUUGUACACGCUUCAGCUUGGUCAUAUUUUUUGGCAGAUGUUCCUUAGAGUAGCGAGUUGUGACGAUCGAGCUUUGUCGAUACUAUACUAUGUUACACGCCACCGUGUUCGCUAUUUCACGACACAACGGUGGUCGAAUGUGUUGUAGAGCCCCGAUAUGAAAAUUAUGACGAUGAACCUGGCUUCUUGUUAUCCCGUGGCUCCAAGGGCACUGUAGUUCCUGUCAUGGACGUCACGAACCACCUCCAAUUAAAUCCGAUCUCGUGCUCGUAUUACGUUUACACUUGUGGUAGCUGCUGCUGUUGUAAUUCCAUCCAUCUCACUCAGGGGAUGGACACCCCCCCCCCCCCGCAUCAGCAAGUGCCCCUUGCAGUGACAUAAGUGA